ACGUGAAAACACCCGUCGCUCCCGUCCCGUAACCGCGACGACUAAAUUCCCCCAUUCAAUUCUUCGCCGGAACCCUAGCUAGCCCCGACCGCCGGCCGAUGGGCAAGGGCCGCCCCCUCCCCGCCACCACCGCAUCCCCUUCCGGCUGCAGCUUCGGCUCCGACGCCCCCAUCCCGGAGGCGCCGGUGUUCCGCCCGACGGAGGAGGAGUUCGCGGACCCGCUUGCCUACGUCGCGCGCAUCCGCCCCGUCGCCGAGCGCUACGGUAUCUGCCGCAUCGUGCCCCCGCCGUCCUGGUCGCCGCCGAAGGCCCUCGACGUCGCCGCCCUCUCCUUCCCCACCAAGCGGCAGCCCAUCCACCGCCUCCUCGCCCGCCCGGCCCCCGCCGACCCGGACACCUUCCUCCUCGACUACGCCCGCUUCCUCAAGGCUUACCGCGGGCCGCCGGGGCGGGGCCUGCCCAAGCUCCCGGAUGGCCGCCCGCUUGACCUCUGCCGCCUGUUCCACGCUGUGAAGCGCUUCGGCGGCUACGACGGCGCCUGCAAGGGGAGGCGAUGGGAUGACGUCGUCCGUCUCGUUGACGACAGGGCGCGCAGGCAUGUGCCUGAGUGCGCCAAGCACGUGCUCGCGCAGCUCUACCACGAGCAUCUCUACGCGUACGAGAAGUUCACCAGCAAACCAGUGUCAUCACAGGAGGAGAGUGGGAAGGUUGAUCUUGAUGAUCAGCCGUCAGUCUCUGGCUUGAAGGAUCAAGGGAGGAGCCAAUCUGUUCCUGGAGGAGAGAUGAUGGAUGCUGCCGAGGUUUCUGGUGUUAGGAGCCGGAAGAGGAGAGAUGCCAUCAACAAAAAAGCCAUCGGGAUGGCUUCCCACAGUAACAACAAUGGAGGCACUGCGAAGAAUGCAGCGUCUGCCGGACCUUGGAAGUGGAAAAGGAGGAAGGUUGAUGAUGCAGAGGCAAACAAAGUGGAUGAUCAGGUCUGCGAGCAGUGUGAUAGCGGGCUGCACGGGGAUGCCAUGCUGCUGUGCGACCGCUGCGACAAAGGGUGGCAUCUGUACUGCUUGUCGCCCCCGCUCGAGAGUGUGCCUCAUGGGAACUGGUACUGCUCGGACUGCAUGAACUCCGAUAGCGAUUGUUUUGGAUUUGUCGAGAGGAGGAAGACCUGUUUGCUUGAUGCUUUCCAGCGGUUCGAUGAGAAGGUUAAGAGGAGGUGGUUUGGGCAGAGGCAUCCCAGCCGUGUUCAGGUCGAGAAGCAGUUUUGGGAGAUUGUGGAGGGGAGGGCAGGGGAGCUGGAGGUCAUGUAUGGGAGUGACAUGGACACUUCGGUUUAUGGGAGCGGGUUUCCUCGCCUUGGUGAUCCGGUGCCACCGUCGGUGGAUCUGGAGAUGUGGCAGAAGUAUUGCUCGAGCCCAUGGAACCUUAACAAUUUUCUAAACCUGCCGAGUUCAGUUCUUCGGACUGUCCAGGAUAAAAUCGCUGGUGUAAUGGUCCCUUGGCUCUACAUAGGGAUGUUGUUUUCAUCAUUCUGUUGGCAUGUCGAGGACCAUUGUUUCUAUUCAAUUAAUUAUUUGCAUUGGGGCGAGCCAAAAUGUUGGUAUGGGGUCCCUGGAGCAGAAGCAAAUGCUUUUGAACUGGUAAUGCGCAAUACUUUACCUGAUCUAUUUGAUGCACAACCAGACCUACUUUUUCACCUUGUCACAAUGCUGAAUCCCUCAGUUUUACAAGUAAAUGGUGUUCCGGUUUAUAGUGUGAUGCAGGAACCUGGCAACUUUGUGAUUACUUUUCCCAGGUCAUACCAUGGUGGUUUCAAUUUAGGUUUAAAUUGCGCGGAGGCUGUUAAUUUUGCUCCUGCUGAUUGGCUACCUCAUGGUGGUAUUGGAGCUGAACUGUAUCGUAUGUACCGUAAGGCACCUGUUUUGUCCCAUGAAGAGCUUUUGUAUGUGGUCGCAAAGAAUGGUGUGAGCAGUGAAUCACUUUCCUACUUAAAAGGUGAAAUAGAAAGGUUAUUUCUGAAAGAGAAAAAAUGUCGAGAGGAGCUAUGGACUAACGGGACUGUCAAAUCCAGUCUAAUGCCAGCAAGGAGUAACCCAAAUUAUAUCGGAAGUGAAGAGGAUCCUUUGUGCGUCAUAUGCCGACAGUAUCUGUAUCUUUCAGCAGUUUCUUGCAACUGUAGGCCUUCUUCUUAUGUCUGCCUUGAGCACUGGAAGCACCUUUGUGAAUGCAGUCCAGAGAAGCAUCGCUUACUUUACCGCCACACCCUUGCAGAGUUGGGUGAUUUAGGUUGCGAGGUCAAGGCAGGGGAGAAUGUUAAGCAGUGCCCCUUCUUGCUUAAUGACAUCCCCGCACCCUUUAAAAAGGUUAAAGAUCGGUAUAUAUCAUAUGCACAACUUGCUGAGGAUUGGCUUUCAGAAUCUGAUCGUAUUCUCAAUAUGCCAUUCCUGGAUACUGCAUAUUCUACUGCCUUGGAAGCUUGUGGACAAUUUCUGUGGGGCGACCAUGACAUGGAUUCUGUCCGUAACAUGGCACUAAAAUUAACUGAGGCUAAGAAAUGGGUUCUGAGUGUUAGAAAUUGCAUUUCGAGAAUUGAUGAGUUUUUGCUCUGCAAACAUAAGUUUUCGGAAAAAGUGAAGUAUGCGGAAAUCGAAAAAUUAGUUGCUGCAAGAUGUAAAUCAUUCUGUGAGCCUGGUCUUCCACAGUUGCAGGCCUAUGUAGAGAAAGGAAAGAUGAUGAUUAGUGAAAUAAACAUUGCAUUAUCAUCCGUUUUAACGGUUGAGCACUUGGAAACACUGUACUCACGGGCUUCAGAAUUCCCUAUUGAGCUAACAGAAACAUCAACAUUGUGUUGUGAAAUUUCUUUUGCAAAGUCUUGGUUGAAGAAAACAUGUGAUCUCCUUGAACAUAAUAGAGCUGGCACCAUUGACAUUGAUCUCCUAAAUACUCUAAAAUUAGAGAUGGUACAGCUCAGAGUUGUAGUUCCGGAAAUUGAACUUCUUUCAAACCUGUGGAAAGAAGCUGAAUCAUUGAGAAGGCGGUGCCAAUCAUAUCUCCAAGACUCCCCUGUUCUAAAGGAACUGGGGAGUUUUCUCCUUGCGUUGGAUGGUACUAAGUUCAGUAUUCCAGAACUGAAUCUUCUUAAGCAACAUUAUUCAGGUGCUUGCUGCUGGGCAAGUCUUGUUAAUGGCAUACUCAGAAAACUUUUUGAAAGGAACGACUAUCACAACAUUGUUGAGGAGUUGACAGGCAUCGUAAGGGACGGGAAAUCACUGAGAGUAAAAGUCGACGAACUGCCAAUUGUUGAAAAAGAAUUAAGGAGGUCCCUUUGCAGGAAGCAAGCAUGCGAGGCCCUUGCAACACAAAUGUCCAUGGAUUUUAUUGAAGAAAUACUAACACAAGCCUCCAUAUUAACUAUUGAAGAGGAACUGCCAUUUGUUGAUCUGUCCCAACUGCUAAAAAAUGCCACUGCUUGGGAACAAAAGGCCCGACUUAUGCUUGAGCAAUCAGCUUCUCUCUCUGAGUUUGAAGACCAUAUUCGGUGCGCAGAGGAUAUACAAGCUAUCCUCCCGUCUGCACCAAAUAUGAAAGCACAGAUUGUUGUAGCCAGGUCGUGGAUGGACAAAUGUCAGGCCUAUCUGAGACCUAGAUGUGAUGAACUUGGGCCUGUACUUAAAGUUGAUGACUUGAAGGAUUUAAUCUGUCGGCCAGCAAGUAUGAGAGUCAUUCUCGACACUUCAGCACUUAAUUCUGUUCUCAGUGAAAUUGAAAAGUGGGAACACAAUUCACUAAGUCUGUUGAUCAAUUUAAGAACCCUACUGCAUUUGAAUAUGGUCGGCUCUACAAUUGACCCACUUGAAAGAAAUUUGGAGGAGCUGCAAAAUAAAAUCAGUGGAGCAAUAGAAAGUGGAUUAUCUCUUGGUUUCGAGUUAAAGGUUCUUAAUGAACUGAAAGAUUGUUUGCUGACAGUUGGAUGGAUGUUGAGAGCACUGUCCUUCUGCUCCAGGAUUCCCUUGUUAGAGUUAACCUUUCAGCAUGUUGAUAGAGCAACUGAAGAAGCUGUCAACAUUCCUGCCUUUUUGUUAAAAUGCCCUUUAGCAACACUGUUGAUGAGCGGAUUAUCUUGGCUAAGAAAAGCACUUGUUUUGCUUCUGGAGUCUGAAAAGUCUGUAAAACCUAAAUUGGAAAAUGCUGAAAAUAUUCUAGCAGAACAUCAGAAAAUUGCUGUUCCUUAUUCUAUAAUGACCGCUGAGCUUGAAGAUGCUAUAAGCAAACAUAAGUCAUGGACAGAGCAAUGUCAUGCUUUCUUUAUGUUGCCCGAUUACCAAUCUUGGGCUGGACUACUAAGGCUUAGAGACAGAGGCCAGUCCGUUGCAUUGGAUUGUUGUGAAAUGGAUAGGGUUGUUCUUGAUAUUAAAAAGAUUGAUGGGUGGUUCAAUCAGUGUCGCUGUACUCUGUCGGCAGAUGUCAAUGAUAAUGGUUCUUUGCUCUUCAUUCUUCAAAAGAUCAGCGGAUCAUUGGACAAUGCUUCUAUGCUAUAUGCCGAUGAUUGUAAGAAGAAAGAGUUCUGUGUCAUCUGUUCAUGUGAUGUGGGUGAUGUUGUAGCCUCUAGAUGUGUAAUAUGUCUAGACUGGUACCACAGCUCUUGUGUGGAAUCACUGCUUGCUUCUAAACAAAUGUCCAGCGAAUGUAUUUGCCCAUUUUGUUUCUCUCUAGAAAGUGGGGAUCCAUUAGAGAAAGGAAUACAAGAAAGGAUUUCUAAAGGGAACCGUCCUGCUCUUAGUGCACUUACUGAACUUGUCAGUUCCGCAAAGGGUUUCUACAAAGGAAUCGAGGAGUUGGAUUUGUUGGAAGAGAUUACAAAGAAGGGUUGUGGCUUGAAGUCCUAUUUGAUGCAAAUUUUGCAUGACGCGGAUUCUUACCACGGAGAAGAUCUUAGUGUGAUGUGCAAACCUCUUGUAGUUGCUCUAAAGGCAACAUCAGCUGCUGGCUUAUAUGAUCAGCAAAUCAACAACAACAUUGAGGUGAUAUUGAGCAGAUAUUCGUGGAAGAAACAUAUUCAUAAUAUCUUGUGUGGUGGAAGACAGACAUCCAUCCAACAUGUAAUGCGCCUUCAUAAAGAGGGUUCGAAUUUAGAGAUAUCUGGUGAAGAUUUCUUCAAGUUGGAGAUAUGUAAAAUAAAAGAAACCAGUCAACAGUGGCUCAUCAAAGCAGAAAAGGCUGCGUUUGAUUGUGGUGAGCUUCCACUUGAUCUUGUAUAUGGGCUUAUUACUGAAGGGGAGAACCUAUCUGUAGAUGUUGAGAAGGAACUUAAGUUGCUCAGAGAUCGGAGCAUCCUUUACUGCAUUUGCCGUAAGCCAUAUGAUAACAGGGCCAUGAUCGCCUGCGACCAGUGCGACGAGUGGUAUCACUUUGACUGCAUUAAUGUGUGUGGACCCCCUCAGGAAACAUUUCAUUGUCCUGCUUGCUGUCCUAACAAUGGUGAAGUUUUUAUAUUGCUCCCACGGCCAGCCAGCGAGGAAGAUAGAGCAAGCAUCGAAGCAGGACCUCACACUCCUCCAGCAUCUUGUGACAAGUUGGAAACUGUGGAGGCUAACAAGUGUAGCAACAGUAAUUCGCGGAAGAAAUCCGAGGUUAGGGUAGAUUUAGUGAAAUUUCUGCGUCAGGAUAGCGAGCUAGAUAAGACGUGGCGGGAAAACAAAAAGGUCCUCCACAGAACGGCCAGAAGACGCAGCAACUUAUUAUGACGUUCCCAAAACAUUCCCUGUUUUUAGCAUGUACAAGCCUCUUCAGGCUAUCUUUUUUUUUUUCGAUUCUUUCAUGUAAAAAAGCUGAUGGAAAGUCAAUUUCUGAAUAUGGUGGGUUUGCGUUGUCAUUAUCGAACUUGCUAUCAGUUGUAGCUAGUCAGAAAAUAGUUGCAUUUUCCUUGCUUUUAGUGGUUAGUGGUGGUGUUGUGCUAGUUUUUCCUUCUCCACUGAUCAACAUUUCAUUAAUGUUAACAGUUGACAUCACGGCCAUUGUACAUGUAAAGCUUCAACACCAUACCUGAUACUCCCUCUGUCUUUAAAAAGAUGUCUCAACUUUGUCUA